GCCCCUCUUUCUUUUUCUUCUUUCUUGAUUCGUCUUCCAGAGUUCGCACACUCCGUACUUCUUGUUAGAGCAUCUCAACCACCGUCCGCCACCACCGUGUACUCUCUCUCUACUCUUUGUAACACUUGGUGUCUAAUGCAGUGGAACAAAGGUGAAUAUGGAAUGCGUGGUUCAGGGUAUUAUAGAGACACAGCAUGUUGAGGCCCUUGAGAUUCUUCUUCAAGGGCUAUGUGGCGUCCAAAGAGAGCGAUUAAGGAUUCAUGAAAUUUGCCUCAAGAGUGGUCCAAAUCUUGGCCCUGUAGCAUCUGAGGUUCGACUUUUAUGUGAUCUUGAGCAGGCUGAACCAUCAUGGACUGUAAGACAUAUUGGGGGUGCAAUGAGGGGUGCCGGUGCCGAACAAAUUUCAGUUCUGGUUAGGACAAUGGUUGAAAGCAAAGCAAGCAAGAAUGUGCUUCGUAUGUUUUAUUUACUUGGGUACAAGUUAGACCAUGAACUGCUUAGAGUGGGAUUUUCUUUCCAUUUUAACAGAGGUGCACAAAUCACUGUAACGGUGUCAUCAAUCAAUAAAAUGCUAAAGGUGCAUGCAACGGACGAGGCUGUACCGGUAACGCCUGGUAUACAGUUGGUUGAAGUAACUGCACCUGCAACUGGUGAAACCUAUGCUGAAGUUGCUUCUGCAGUUUCAUCCUUUUGUGAAUAUCUUGCACCGCUUUUGCAUCUGUCAAAACCAGGCAUUUCAACUGGAGUUGUUCCUACGGCUGCUGCAGCUGCAGCAUCCCUUAUGUCUGACGGUGGUGGUACAACUUUGUAGUGUGCUUGUAAUGUAUAGAUACAAAAUUCUUGUACACUCUUAAACUUAUCAUGUUACACAUGAUUAGUUGUUAAUUAAACAAGGAAUGAAUCUUAAUUGACACAAGUUUGUUUGGAGUGGCAAACGUUUUAUAACGGAAAAGAAGAGAAAUGCGUGAAAACUGUUAUUGCUCACCAACUUCCAAACUUAAGUGUAUUUUUU